UGGUGUGUCAUUAGUGGGGCACACACACUCUCAGACACACACACACACACAGACGGUCGGACACAAGUAGUCGAAGGUCUGGGAUGGAGGAGUUGCAGUGACCCCGCCGGUGCCCACCGAUCUGCAGAGCCCCCCGGGCCACCAUGUUUCAGCCCGCUCCCAAGAGGUGCUUCACCAUCGAAUCUCUGGUGGCCAAAGACAGCCCGGUGCAAGUCUCCCGAGCCGAGGAGCCCAUCCGACCGGCCGCCCUCAGCUAUGCCAACUCCAACCCGAUGAACCCCUUCCUGAAUGGCUUCCACCCGCAAAGCAGCCGAGGAGUCUACCCAAACCCCGACCUGAUCUUCAGCGAUCCCCCCAACCCCGUCCACCCGAUGCCCACCGCCCUGGCACAUCACCCGCUACCCAACAGCCCGCACCCCAUCUUCGCCUCCCAGCAGAGGGACCCCUCGACCUUCUACCCCUGGCUUAUCCACCGGUACCGCUACUUGGGCCAUCGCUUCCAGGGCAAUGACACCAGUGCGGAGAGCUUCUUGCUACACAAUGCUCUGGCCCGGAAACCCAAACGGAUCCGAACCGCCUUCUCCCCGUCCCAGCUCCUCCGGUUGGAGCACGCCUUCGAGAAGAACCAUUAUGUGGUGGGAGCGGAGAGGAAGCAGCUGGCCCACAGUCUCAGCCUCACCGAGACCCAGGUGAAGGUCUGGUUCCAGAACAGAAGGACGAAGUUCAAGCGACAGAAAUUGGAAGAGGAAGGCUCCGACUCUUCACAGAAAAAGAAGGGGGCCCACCACAUUAAUCGCUGGAGGCUCGCCACCAAACAGUCCAGUCCGGAGGAGAUCGACGUCACAUCGGACGAUUAAUCGCCAAUUAGCACUUUGAUGGACUUUUUAUUUUUUCGUUUUCUACACCACAGCGGCGGCGGCGGGGCACCCCCCCCCCCCCCGGAUUACCCUGCCCCGGAGGGACGGCUCCCCCUCCCCACCCCGGGCCUGGCUCAUGGGGGCUGACGGACAGCUUUUUGCACUUGCAGUUUUGGAUGGAGCCCCGGGGCCGAUGUAUGGAUUGUGGCUGGAGAAACUUUGGAGAAGAAGACUUUUAUUAUUAUUAAUAUUAUUGGACGCUCGGUGACGCUGCGCCGGCGCUGCGACUUUUCUUGUCGCACUUGUAGAUAUUUUUGUGUUUUGUGUUCACACCUGUCCGGAUCUCCGAUCUACUUCCGAGAAGUAUGAGCUGUCAAUAUUUUGUCAAUAAAGAUCUCUCCCCAUGUCGA